AUGGAGCGUGCGCUCUCCAGCCUCUCGCUGGGGCGCGGCGGGCCGCGCGACCUGGCCGCGAUCCGCGACGGCCUGGGCCAGGCCGGCCACCUGCAGGCGCUGCUGCUGGGGCGCGCCGAGGACGCGCCGCCCGCCGGCCUGGCCGAGGCGGCCGAGGCCCUGGGCCCGCAGGAGGCGCUGGUCGACCGCCUGAGCCGGGCGCUGACGCCGGAGCUGCCGGCGCUGGCGCGCGAUGGCGGCUUCGUCGCGCCGGGCUACGCCCCGCAGCUCGACGAGCUGAAGCAGCUCCGCGACGAGUCCCGCCGCCUGAUCGCCGGGCUGCAGGCCAAGUACGUCGAGGCGACCGGCAUCGCCAGCCUGAAGGUCAAGCACAACAACGUGCUGGGCUACUUCGUCGAGGUCUCCAACGCCAACGCCGGCAAGAUGCCCGAGGACGGCGCCUUCCGGCACCGCCAGACCCUGGCCUCGGCGGUGCGCUACACCACCGUCGAGCUGGGCGAGCUGGAGCAGAAGAUUCUGCAGGCCGCCGACCGGGCGCUUGCGUUGGAGCUGGAGAUUUUCAACCGGCUGGUCGAGGAGGUGCUGGCCUGCGCCGGGGCGGUCGCCGCGGCGGCGCAGGCGCUGGCCGAGCUGGACGUCGCCGCCGGCCUGGCCCAGCUCGCGGUCGAGGCGCGCUGGACCCGCCCGCAGGUGGAGGACUCCGAGGCCUUCCGGAUCGAGGCGGGGCGCCACCCGGUGGUCGAGGCGGCGCUGGCGGCCGAGGCGGGGGCGCGCUUCGUCGCCAACGACUGCGACCUGAGCCCGACGCGGCGGCUAUGGCUGGUCACCGGCCCCAACAUGAUCGGCAGCUUCGUGCCGGCGGCGCGCGCGGUGAUCGGCACGGUCGACCGGCUGUUCAGCCGGGUCGGCGCCGCCGACGACCUGGCGCGCGGCCGCUCGACCUUCAUGGUCGAGAUGGUCGAGGCGGCGGCGAUCCUGAACCAGGCGACGCCACGCUCGCUG